UCUUUCUAGGUCAGGAGUAGAAACUGGUCUCCUGGGCAAAGUGGAGCUGCCAACAGGAGUAAAAGUAAUUGGUGCCUCUCACAGAGGAACCGCAACAGGCCAACUGCUCGGAUUUGCCAUCUUUGGAAUAGAAGAAGGGGGCGGAGGCCCCUCGGGGCUUUUGUGCCCAGUGGGCCGGCCCGCGAACCUCGCACUCUAUUUAGGAGGCCAGAACUGGGGUGGAGGAAAGCUCGGGGGCUAUCGCUGGACGCUGGAGCGGCAGGCAGCAACCAGACUGGCAGCGCGCCGGACCGGCCCACACGUGCGCGUUCUCCGAGUCCGCCCGAAGGUACUGAAAAUCGCCGCGGAGGUGGAAGGCAAGCAGACGGAGGCCGGCGCUGCGCGUUCCCUCCCUCCUCCUCCUCCAGCUUGCCAGCCAGCCACCCAGCCGCAGCGCCCCACCGCACGGAGACGGAGGAGAGCGCCGAGGAGCGCGCGAGAUUUUAUCCUGAUGGCUGACUCUAAACCACUCUUCUCCCUUGAUGGGGACCCCGUGGUUGCAGAAACCUUGCUCCGGGAUGUGUUUGGGAUUGUUGUGGAUGAGGUCAUUCGGAAAGGGACCAGUGCUUCGGAGAAGGUCUGCGAGUGGAAGGAGCCGGAGGAGUUGAAGCGCCUUCUGGAUCUGGAGUUGCGCAGCCAGGGCGAGGCGUCGGAGCAGAUCCUGGCACGGUGCCAGGCGGUGAUCCGCUAUAGCGUGAAGACAUGUCACCCGCACUUCUUCAACCAGCUCUUCUCAGGGUUGGAUCCCCAUGCUCUGGCCGGGCGCAUUGUCACUGAGAGCCUCAACACCAGCCAGUACACUUAUGAAAUCGCCCCCGUGUUCGUACUCAUGGAAGAAGAAGUGCUGAAGAAACUCCGGGCCCUAGUGGGCUGGAACUCUGGGGAUGGGAUCUUCUGCCCUGGUGGCUCCAUCUCCAACAUGUAUGCUAUGAACCUGGCCCGCUAUCAGCGCUACCCUGAUUGCAAGCAGAGGGGCCUCCGGGGACUGCCGCCCCUGGUGCUCUUCACAUCAAAGGAGUGUCAUUACUCCAUUAAGAAGGGAGCUGCUUUUCUGGGACUUGGCACCGACAGUGUCCGAAUAGUCAAGACAGAUGAGAGAGGGAAAAUGAUUCCUGAGGAUCUGGAGAGGCAGAUCAGUCUGGCUGAGGCUGAGGGUGCUGUGCCAUUCCUGGUUAGUGCUACCUCUGGCACUACCGUGCUGGGGGCCUUUGACCCCCUGGAGGAAAUUGCUGAUGUGUGCCAGCAUCAUGGGCUAUGGCUCCAUGUGGAUGCUGCCUGGGGUGGGAGCGUCCUGUUGUCACAGACACAUAGACAUCUCCUGGAUGGGAUCCAGAGGGCUGACUCCGUGGCCUGGAACCCGCACAAACUGCUCACAGCAGGCCUGCAGUGCUCAGCUCUGCUUCUCCGGGACACCUCGAACCUUCUCAGGCGCUGCCAUGGCGCCCAGGCCAGCUACCUCUUCCAGCAGGACAAGUUCUACGACGUGGCACUGGACACUGGAGACAAGGUGGUGCAAUGUGGCCGCCGUGUGGACUGUCUGAAGCUGUGGCUCAUGUGGAAGGCGCAGGGCGGGCAAGGGCUGGAGCGGCGUGUGGACCGGGCCUUUGCCCUUGCCCGGUACCUGGUGGAAGAAUUGAAGAAGCGAGAAGGAUUUGAGUUGGUCAUAGAGCCUGAGUUUGUCAACGUGUGUUUUUGGUUCGUGCCCCCCAGCCUUCGGGGGAAGCAGGAGAGCCCAGAUUACAGUGAAAGGCUGGCUAAGGUGGCCCCAAUACUCAAGGAGCGCAUGGUGAAGGAGGGCUCCAUGAUGAUUGGCUACCAGCCCCAUGGGACCCGGGGCAACUUCUUCCGUGUGGUUGUGGCCAACCCCGCGCUGACCCGGGCUGAUAUGGACUUCCUUCUCAAUGAGCUGGAACGGCUAGGCCAGGACCUCUGAGCUUCCUCCUCGCUGCUGGCCUCGACACCCCCCUCACCCUCCCUGCCUCCAUGUGCUCCCUUCCUGUGUUGUCAAGAGCAGAGUGAUCUUAACAAUGUUAACUGACUCUCCUAUUCAGUAUUUGCUAUUGGGGUGCCUGGGUGGCUCUGUCGGUUAAGCAUCUGACUCGAUUUUGGCGCAGGUUAUGAUCUCAUGGUUCAUGAAUUUGAGCCCCUCAUUGGGCUCCGUGUGGACAGUGUAGACCCUUCUUGGCAUUCUCUCUCCCUCUCUCUCUCUGCCCCUCCCCUGCUCAUGCUCUUUGUUUCAAAAUAAAUAGAAAAUAUAUAUGCUGUUAGGAGAAUAUUUAAAUUGCCAUACAUUCACAUGAUGGAAUGUUACUCGGCCAUUAAAAUUAUGUUUACAAACAUCUUACAUUUGUAACAUAAAAGAAUAAGAACAUAAAAAGAGUAAGAUUUUUAUUGAUAUGAGAAAAAGUGAUUUUAAUAUAUAACACAUAAUAACAUAUAUAAUGUUAUAUUUAAAAAGCUGGAUAUAGGACUUAAUAUAUAGUAAUAGCUGAGCUAUGUUCAAACACACAUAGGGAAAAGACUGAUAAAAUGAAAUAUGCCAUAUGUUAACACUUUUCCCUGGGAUGGGAUUAUAAGCAAUUUAUAAUUAAUUUCUCUAUACCUUUUGUGCUACUCCCCUUUUAUUAUAUAAUGAAUAUGCAUAACUUUUAUAAUAGGGAAAUAAUAAAGUUAAAACUUCAACUCUG